AUGGGUAGCAUCGGGAGGGUAUCGGCGUUCUGUCUGCUUGUUGCGCUAACGUUACCUGCAGUGCUGGCGGGGGAAGGAGCGGAGGGCGGGAGGCGGCUAUCGCCAUCGGUGGCGAAGACUACGGAAGCCGGGGCGAUCGACAAGGGAACGACAAACUCUGCGGACGCAGUCGAAGAGGCGAGAGCCAUGACGGCGCUGCUCGUGAAGGCGCCGCGGACAGCCAUGGCCAACGCGCCUUUCCUCCAAGCGCUCUUCGACGCGCGGAGAGGAGGUUCCGCGACGCUGUUCCUUCCGCUGAGCGGCUUCCGCGUGCUGGCGGACGCCGUCGGCUACGAUUACCCGCACUUCAACCGCAUCCUUAAGUACCACCUUAUACCCGACGCGCGCUACACUCUGGCGGAUCUGAAGGCGCUGCGGGAAGACAGCCUGCUGCCGACCGCCGAGGGCAGCAAGUUGAAGGUGUUUUCGAGCCGCGGCUCCAAGAUCGUAUGGCUGCAGGGGCGCUCUAUCAUCCCCGCCGCUGUGACUAUACCGAACCUGUUUGUGGGGGAGCGCAUCAUUGUGCACGGGCUGAGCCAAAGACUUAUUCCGCCCUCGUUUUAG